CAAUAGAUUCGUAAACCACUACGCUGGCGGUUGGUGGCUAUUUUAAAAUUUUUUACACUUCCUCCCUUCAAUUUGUACGCAUCGUUGCUUGCAAUAUGUAAAUUAAGCAAGAAAGAAGGCUUUCCAUCUGCAUACGCAAAAAUUUAGGUGUUGCUCUUUUGCCAGACUGAUGAAUCAAAGAUCAAACACAUUAAUAUUUGCGAGCGUUCAAAAUUUUUGGUGCUCCAUUUGUGCAGUUUAUGCUGCCUAAUUAAUAAUUAUGUCGGACGAUAUUUAUAUCGACGUAAACUACCUUACUGAAUCAGAAAGGGAUGCCAUUCUUCAAGUACUUGCCAAGGACGAGGAACUUCGAAAACAAGAAAAACGUCGUAUAAGUGUGUUAAAGAAUGAACUCGAUGAAAUAAAGAAGAAGGGAGCGAGUAAAGAGGAACUCGAAUCAUCUCGUGUUUGUGCAAGAUGUCGAGCACCGCUUGGUUUUAUUUUGAACAGUGGAGCCCUAUGUCCAAAAUGCGAAAGCCGAGUUUGUAAAGAAUGUCGAAAAAUGACUACUGCUACGUGGCUUUGUAUUUUGUGUGCAAAGAUCAGGGAAGUAAGGGCUGAAUCUGGUGCAUGGUUUUUUGAGCAAGAGAAGAGAAAAGGGGAUAGGCCACGUCUUUUUGGCUCAGCAUUGGUGCGUGCAUCCUUUAGGAGGGCAAAACCUCAACCCCAGUCACUUGGUGGUAAUUACUAUACAUUUCCAUUGUUUGAUUCAUAAGAUUUAAAGACAAUUAUAAAAUCUUGUUCCCAGAGUUGUCAUUCCUUGCACAGCACUCUCACAGAGGGAGACUCUGACACAAUACAAGUUACUGCUGUAUCUUAAAGGGUUGAUGACAAAUGGUAUCAGUUUUCUGGAAAUAAGAAUUCAAUGU